AUGGCGCAUAGCUUGGCUGAAGAGUGCACGCCUCUAAAGCGAGAGUACGAUGCCUGCUUCAAUGCCUGGUUCGAAGGCUACCUCGAGCCUGCUGUCUCUGCCGCGGCCAAACAAGAGGAGCGUUCCAAGUUCUCGCAAGAAAAAGCGGCUGAAUACGAACGGAGCUGCGGGAAAAUCUGGACCUCGUAUCCCCACGCCGGUAUCAAGAAAGCUGUGAAAGACAGAGGGUUAGAUUCCCUUCUUGAGCAGGCGCGAGAGGAAAAUCCCUUGAAGGAUCCUCCGCCACCUCCGGCGGUUGAUGGACUGUCCUCUUGA